AUGCUAUCUACUUAUCGUGGAAAUCCAGAGACGCUCGUCACGGACAACGGAACGCAGUUCAUGUCGUCUCAGUUCACUCCACUCUGUCGUUCUCGAGGAAUAUUACACACUCGUACGCCGCCUUUCCAUCCAAAAAGCAAAGGACAAGCAGAACGUUUUGUGGACACCCUUAAAAAAGUACUUGCCAAGCUGAAUGGGGAGAAACCAACAGUGGACACACUACAGACGUUCCUGAUGGCAUAUCGCUCAAUCCCUGCCCAUCUGCAUCUGACCAACGUUCACUUGCCGAAACCUUCCUAG